UUUCAUUGCUGUCCACACACCCCUCCAGACUGUACACACACACGCACGCACGGCCCGGGUCUGUUGCAGGGAUUCCGCUGCAGAGCUCGGAACCACGCGCCUCAGAGUUCGGGUGUCAGAACCUGGAUUAAAGGCCACAGAAGAAGAGAAAAGCGGAUGGAUAUUUCCGUGUUAACUAAGGCUUUGAUUUGAUUCGAGCGCAUACCUGUGCGGACUUGCCCGUCAGAGGGGGAGUCGAGGCCGAGGAGACACACCUUUACCUGCCUGCCCCCCCUCGCAUCCACCUCCCCCCCCUGUUUCGCCCCUCUCUCUGCACGCGGAGGAAUCUGGAAAUGUCGGCAAAUGAGAGAGCAACGCGCGCGCUGCGGGAGAUCCUGCAGAACCCUGGGAAUGAAACCUGCGCAGACUGUGGGGCACCGGACCCUGACUGGGGUUCCUGCACUCUGGGGGUCUUCAUCUGCCUGGCCUGCUCCGGGAUCCACCGUAACAUCCCUGACACCAGCAAGGUGAAGUCCCUGAGCCUGUCCCACUGGGAGGACCACGAGGUGCAGUUUAUGGCUGAUUGUGGCAAUGACCUGAUGAAGAGUAAAUAUGAGGCUGCUGUUCCCUUCUACUACUACAAACCAACCCACAAAGACUGCCAGACUCUCAGGGAGCAGUGGAUUAGAGCAAAGUACGAGAGAAAGGAGUUCUGUGAGCCUGGGAACCACUCUAUAUAUGAGGAAGGAAUGAGAGAUGGCAUUUUGAUGAAGAGGGGGCGGGACAACGGGCAGUUCCUCAGCAGGCGAUUCGUCCUCUCAGAGAGGGAGGGGACCCUGAAGUAUUUCACCAAAUAUGACGCUAAGGAGCCCAAAGCAGUGAUCAAAGUGGACUCCAUCAACGCCACCUUCCAGCCGGAGAAGAUCGGGAACCCCAACGGCCUGCAGAUCACCUACCUCAAAGACUACAGCACCCGCAACAUCUUUGUCUACCACGACAACGGGAAGGAGAUCGUGGACUGGUUCAAUACGAUUCGAGCGGUUCAGCUUCACUAUCUAAAGGUGGCCUUCCCCGGGGCUACAAAUGCUGAGCUGGUACACAAACUCACCCGGAACUUUCUGAAGGAAGGAUACAUGGAAAAGACCGGCCCCAGGCAUACAGAAGGCUUCAAGAAGCGCUGGUUCACUCUGGACCAGAGGAGACUCAUGUACUUCAAAGAUCCCCUGGACGCCUUCGCCAAAGGUGAAGUGUUCUUGGGGAACAAGGACCACGGGUACAGCGCCUCCCCCGGCCUGCCCGCUGGCACCCACUGCAACGGCGCCUGGCAGUACGGUAUCACCAUAGAAACACCUGAUCGCGGCUUCCUGUUUACCUGCGAGUCAGAGAGCGACCAGCAGGAUUGGCUGAAAUGCUUCAAUGACGUCAUGAAUGCUGUGAUGUCCCCUCAGGAGUACACAAUGGAAGCUUUGUUCAAGCACAGGCAUUGAUGGACCGGAGGCCUGUGGACCAUCUCCUCUCCCACCCGGACUCACAUCUGUGCCACACUACCUUCGUCACUAAUAUGAUCUCACUGGAGCGUCUUCCAAGUCCCGAUGCUGCUCUUUGGGGGCAGAUGUACGAACAAGAGGACCAUGGCAACAUUCAUUGGUACAUUUAAAGAAAAUAUCGAGUCAAAAACAUAGGAAUACUACAGGUAUUUGAUUUUGUUGUGCUGCAAGCUUUGUACGGGGGGGGGGGGGGGGAUACUUAAGAUGUUGGUUCGGUCUGACCCUAACCCUAACAAAUACAUGGCCAAAAUCACAGAGAUCAAUAUGGUGUUGGUUUCCACUGUCAAUCACUUAAUCAGAUGCAUACACAGUGCCAUUUUUAAAAGCCAAUAGGACCUCUUGUAUUAAGUAUUUUAUGCUAGUGUAAUGUGAUGAUUGGGUAACACAAAAAAGGCGACCGUGAACAGGAGAGAAGCUGCUUCAUCAGUCUGGGAUCAAGAUUCCUUUUCUUUAAACUUUUUUUAAAUAAAACCAAUUAUUUUAUUCAUUGAUUCAUUUUAAUGUUAACUUGUGUAUCAAAUGUAUUGCAGUCCAGCUCAUGAGAUAGAGCUGAACAAUGCUGAUUAUUGUGCUGUUUCUGUCCAAAAGAUCAGAGUUUUUCAAAGCAAAGCAAUAUCUUAGACACACUACCUGUACAGUUUGCAUCAUGACUCUUGUGAUUUUGUCAGACUUCUUUUGUUAGUAGUAGGUUUAGAACAAGUGUGCCUGUUGAAGAGGAUCAUUUAUAGACAAUAAAUCAUGUUUGCAAAUGCAUAGGGGAUAGAAAAGCUGUAAGCACUUUAAGACAUUGCAUGGUCUAACAGUGCCUCCAUGUGGCAGACCAUUCCAUUACUAGACCUGGGUUGGAACAGUCAAUGAUUCAGGUUAAAGGUUUCCCUUUCUUCCGUUUCACUGAGCGUUUGUUGUUUUUCUUUCAGUAUUUUGGUUAAAGAGGUACUCCCAUUAUGUAUUGAUCUGUUGUCAUUUCUAUGCUUGAGCAUGGCUGGCUGACAUGAACAUAUUGAUUACGAAUAAUAAAAUAAAUAUUUCUUCUGGAA